AUUUCGCGUAUGUUACCGUGAGCUGAUCAUAUGAGACCGUUAUUGAAUGACAGAAAAAUAAUUGUCUGAAAAGAUGGAAACAGCCGUUAAAGCACCCCCGAAAGCCAUGGGUUUCUCGGCUAAGGUUGUGUACCACAGUCUUAUAUGGAUACUGAUAGCCAUUUUGAUAAUUAUAGGCCUAUACUACAAUUUGACUGGCAAGGGGCAGAGGUUUGACAUUGGAUGGUUCCUCCAGUCCACAUCUCCCUACAUGUGGGCCCUCAUUGGGACAGGAUUCGCCAUUUCCCUCUCUGUAGUGGGAGCUGCAUGGGGCAUCUACACAACUGGAGCUAGCAUUGCUGGUGGUGGCGUGAAGGCACCUAGAAUCAAGACCAAGAACCUCAUCAGUAUUAUUUUCUGUGAGGCUGUCGCCAUCUACGGAAUCAUCAUGGCCAUUGUCAUCAGCACAAACUUGGUGUAUUUUGACAUCACCAAGUUUGAAAGCACAGAGAAACUCUACCAAAAUUAUGCAGCAGGCUAUAUGAUGUUCGGUGCUGGUCUGACGGUGGGAAUCACCAACUUGGCAUGUGGUGUGUGUGUUGGCAUUGUCGGAUCCGGUGCUGCUCUUGCAGAUGCUGCCAACCCGACUCUCUUUGUCAAAAUUCUUAUCAUCGAAAUUUUUGGCAGUGCUAUUGGAUUGUUUGGAUUGAUUGUAGCAAUUUUACAGACCUCCAAAGCCACCAUGUACCCCAACAAAUAACGAGAUGAGGUCAUGCUGCUUGAAGCCAUUCCAGACAGAACAAAUGUACAGCUCAACUGAAACAGAUCAGAAAACAUCAAAGUUUACUGUCAAGGAACUGUGAACUUUCUCACAAUUCCAAAUAGACUGCUUGUAGUACAUUGAAUAACAUAGACACAUGCUCAGCAUACAUUGUACAUUACAUAUCGUGAAAUAGCCAAGAUUAUCUAUUGGUGGGCUGCUUUUUAACUAAGUAUCAAAACAUGUAACCACGAUGAAACCUGGUUGGUUUGGUAAUGCAGCUUUCAUCAGUUCUGUCCAGAUAGUAUUAGUACAACUAAUUAUAUUAAAGUUUGGUGUCCAGAUGAGCUGAGCACUAUGUUAAAGUAUGGGAGUAACGAUGUAUAAUAUAUGAAGCCAGCAGCCAAGCGUACUAUGGGUACGUGAUGUUACUAAGGAAUGUCUAGCUGUGUUAUUUCAGCCUGAUAAAUAAUAUAUCACAUGACAAAAUGAAAAUCAUAAUUCUAUUUGAACUUGUAUGGUGCACUGAUCCUUGGGCAUAUUUGUUAUUUAUUAUCAGUGAUUAUAUAGAGCUGUAUGGAUAUUUAUUCCACCUGAUGUUAUCUACAACAUUGUCAAUAAGGUUAUAAAGUAAACCAUUUUUUCAGGCUUUGUAUAUUCUGUCCCAGGAUACUGUACCAUGUAUACAUCGAUGUUGUCAGCUGUUUGACAACCAGGUGUUAUGAUCUGUGAGUAGUGUAUAUGAUCUUUGAUGAUAAGUCUUCUGUAGGUGUAUAUACUGGACAUUGUGUGUAUAGUUCAUAUCUUUGUUUAUCAUAGUUACAACAUGUACAACAAAUGUACACAUUCAUCAUCUUGACUAGUCAUUGUCAGAUGAAAUCUAAGGAAGGACAUUUCUUCACAGACCAGAUUUCUGUUGUUUUACAGAUUAGCUUUUUUGGGGGAACUUUCUAAAUGUUUUCAUCAAUCACAGAACAAUCAGAAAAAAUUAUUUUGAGGAACAUAUGUAAUUCUAUAUGAACAUUCAGUUUAGUAUUUGGAAUUCUAAUUUUGAUAAGUUUUGUUAGUUCCCUGUGAUUGACCACAUAUAAAUAGCUCCUAAUACUGAAGGUUGCUACAGAAAUUGAGUUAUGGAAUUCUGUGAAACAAGAGAAACAGGUCUUAGCGUAACAGCGAAAUCAAAAUGUGAGUUUAUCAUUGGUAUUUGACUUGAUUGGAUGUUCUGAUCUGGUGAAGAAUGAUUAUUUUUCAGUUUGCUCAUCAUGUGUAUUGGAUUAAAUUGUAGAUUUUAUCUUCUGUGUUGUCAGUUAGGCCCUGUAUGUGGAAUUCCAUGUUUUGAAGAGAAUGUCUUUGUUCCCACAUUCCAGUGUGAUGUAGUUCCUUGUUCUACCGAGGGUGAUGCUGCAACCAUUAGAAGCUAAAUCUAUUUAAGGCUGUGACACUUCCUCUACACAUCCUGAGUAAUGGUAUGCACAACAUGGAUUCCAAUAUGAACAUUAUGGAUGUCCUAUUUGACUUGGUGGGGAAGGAGCUGAGAGUAGGGAUUCUUAAUAAAUUAUUAUACUUCAAAUUGUUGAAGAAAAAUAGAAAUUGUUGGAAUGAAAAAUUAUAGUUGCAAGGUGAAGGUGUUUUUCAGGAAUUGAUAUUUUUACUUCAAGUUUUGAUUAAAAAGUAUCUUGUUUUGUAGCUGAAAAAAUGUCUAGUCUCAAAAGAAUUCCAGGUGACCUUUCCCCAAUAUCAAACGUUGAUAGUCUGAAGGAGAUCUCUGCAUGUAUUGUUGCAGCUGUAUAUUCUUGCUCCUCUUGUAUGAAAGGUAACCCUGUUGACUCUGUAGAUUGUUCAUCUUUGUCUAUAAUGUAAAUCAGCAUAAUCUUCUAAAUGAUUCCCAUUUUAGUCAUGGUAUUUGGAAGAGUAGAGAAUAAACCUUUGCACAUUUUCAUUGUUUUCUUUAUUGUUUUAUGGUUAGGGAGCUAUAUAUAAUGGAGUUAUAACCAAUAGAUGGCUAUUGAGCUUUAGUUUAUGCAAGAAGUGUAUAUCUGGCCUUUGGGAGAAAUUCUGUUCAGGUUUUGUCAGUAAAUUACCAUCCACUAUCAUUUUGGUAAGGAAUUGGAAAUCCAUAAAUGUAAGUAAUUGUUUUUGUUGUUGCAGAUAAUGUCAGCUCUGGUUGCAGCUGCGUCAAUAACACGCACCAGAGCUCACUCACUCACUCAUUUCCAUUGAUCAUGCUGGUCACUGUUUUACAUAGUUUUCAGCAAUCUACGCAAUAUUUGAUCUUAUUUCCCUUGUCUGUAUUUGUAAUGCUAAAUCAUAGUAAUAAUACCUUUUGUUUUAUCGUGAAGUCCUUCCCAUUCAUCAUAUUGUGAGUCCUUGAGGGUCAUCUGUGUAACCUAGAUGUAUAUGUUUAUGUAGGCUGUUAUACACAGGACUUACUGCGAUAUACUGUCACUGAUUGGAAGGAUGUAAUAAAAUCUUAUGUGGUCGGA